GCAGGAAUAAAAGGUGGAGUCGGAGCUCCCUGCUCCUCGGUCCCUCUGCUCAGUGGUGCUGAUGAGAGAGGAUUUGAGUCCCUACUUUACCACGCCCCGCCCCCAGUGAGAGAGCAGGGGAUGACAGCGAUGCAAGGCAUGCUUCUGAGGAGCCUGCAGCCUAUCCAGACACCGCCGACCGGACCAGUGUGGACUCUACUUCCCCAUUUACAACUCUCCGUUUGUUGCCCACCUGCUCAGCUGCACCUGAGUUUGGUUUGAGGGUAUUUUAAACAAGAAAAACUCUCAAGCGGGGUUUCUUUUGCUUUUUUGGUUUUACAUUUCUUCAAUGAUUUUGGCUGUAGUCUCUCCCAAAACUCGUAGUAGUCCAUUCUUCCAAAUGCCUCGCCUUCCAGUCUCGCUCUGCAUGUGGGUAUAGCCGAUGGUCUCAGCCUGCGUCCUGGUGGCUCACGGCAAAAGCUUGCACAGGGAAUUCUUUUUCAAUCUUUUAUAAAUUCCUCUUUCUCUUUUGGAAGCGCGUCUACAUAUUUUUUUUUUUUUUUACCACAAUGGCUGAUGCUAAUGCAGAAUGCAAUAUCAAGGUGUUGUGUCGAUUUCGUCCACUGAACCAGUCCGAAAUUAUCCGCGGAGAUAAGUUCAUCCCACUAUUUCAAGGAGAAGACACUGUCAUCCUCGGGGGGAAGUCGUACGUGUUUGACCAGGUGUUCCCCACCAACGCCACCCAGGAGCAGGUCUACAACACCUGUGCCAAGCAGAUUGUCAGAGAUGUACUGGGUGGAUACAAUGGGACUAUCUUUGCCUAUGGGCAGACUUCCUCGGGAAAGACACACACCAUGGAGGGGAACCUUCAUGAUCCCCAGGGAAUGGGAAUCAUCCCCCGGAUCGCAGAGGACAUUUUCGAACAUAUAUUUGCCAUGGAUGAGAACCUAGAAUUCCAUAUAAAGGUAUCCUACUUCGAGAUCUACAUGGAUAAAAUCCGGGACCUGCUGGACGUGACAAAAACCAACCUGUCAGUGCAUGAAGACAAACACAGAGUUCCCUAUGUGAAGGGCUGCACUGAGCGCUUUGUCACAAGUCCUGAGGAAGUGAUGGAUGUGAUAGAUGAAGGGAAGGCCAACCGCCACGUUGCUGUCACCAACAUGAAUGAGCACAGUUCCCGCAGUCAUAGCAUCUUCCUGAUAAACAUCAAGCAGGAACACGUGGAGACGGAGCAGAAGCUGAGUGGGAAGCUGUACCUGGUCGACCUAGCUGGUAGCGAGAAGGUCAGUAAGACAGGUGCAGAGGGAGCAGUGCUGGAUGAGGCCAAGAACAUCAACAAGUCUCUGUCGGCCCUGGGGAACGUCAUCUCAGCCUUGGCCGAGGGAACGAAAUCCCACGUGCCGUAUCGUGACAGCAAAAUGACUCGCAUCCUGCAGGACUCACUGGGCGGGAACUGUCGCACCACCAUGUUCAUCUGUUGCUCUCCCUCCAGCUACAACGAUGCAGAGACCAAAUCCACCUUGAUGUUUGGCCAACGAGCCAAGACCAUCAGAAACACUGUAUCAGUGAACCUGGAGCUCACAGCAGAGCAGUGGAAGAAGAAGUACGAAAAGGAAAAGGAGAAGAACAGGUCAAUGAAGGAAACGAUUCAGAGGCUCGAGGCUGAGCUGAACCGCUGGAGGAACGGUGAGGAUGUUGUUGUGUCGGGGCAGUCGAGUGAGGGAUUGGAGGAGGUUACCCUGGUGCCUCCGGGAUCCGAGGAGCCGGUUCUCGACAUCUGCAGCCCCUGCAGCCCCUGCAGCCCCUGCAGCCCCUGCUCCAUUGCGUCGUCCAUUGUGGUUCACAUUUCUGAGGAGGAGAGGCAGAAGUAUGAGGAGGAGAUCCGCAAGCUUUACAAACAGCUGGACGAUAAGGAUGAUGAGAUCAACCACCAGAGCCAGAUGGUGGAGAAGCUGAAGGAGCAGAUGCUCGACCAGGAGGAGCUUCUAGCAUCAUCCAGGGGCGACAGCGAGAAGGUGCAGUCGGAGCUCGGCAGGCUGCAGACGGAGAACGACUCUGCGAAGGCGGAGGUGAAGGAGGUCCUCCAGGCCCUGGAGGAGCUGGCAGUAAACUACGAUCAGAAGAGUCUGGAGGUGGAGGAGAAGACCAUGCAGAACAAGCUCCUGGCUGAAGAGCUCGCAAAGAAGAUGGGUCACCUGAUCGCUUUAGAGGCAGAGUUGUCCCGUAUCCAAGAGGUGAGCAGCCACCAGAGGAAACGCAUCGCUGAGAUUCUCAACGGGCUCAUGAGGGACCUGAGCGAGUUCAGCACCAUCGUUGGAAACAGGGACAUCAAGCUGCCCAUGGAGAUCACUGGCGCGAUCGAGGAGGAGUUCACUGUGGCUCGCCUCUACAUCAGCAAGAUAAAGUCAGAGGUGAAGUCGAUGGUGAAGCGCUGCCGCCACCUCGAGAACCUCCAGAUGGAGUGUCACCGCAAGAUGGAGGAGACGGGGAGAGAGCUGUCCUCGUGUCACCUCCUCAUUUCACAGCACGGGGCCAAGAUCCGCUCUCUAACGGAGUAUAUGCAAAACGUGGAGCAGAAGAAGAGGCAGCUGGAGGACAGCUACGACUCUCUGAGCGAGGAGCUGGCCAAACUCCAAGCUCAAGAGAGUGUGUCACAGAUGACCAGGGGGGAGAACCACUCGUCUGUCCAGGAUUUCUGUGAUAUAAAGAGGGCUCUGGAGCAGCAGAUGGAGUCACACCGUGAGGCGCACAGCAAACAGCUUGGCCGCCUGCGAGACGAGAUCAAUGAGAAGCAGAAGAUCAUCGAUGACUUAACUGACUGUAACCAGAGACAGCAGCUGGAGCUGGAGCAACUGCACGAUGACUUUGAACGUCUCAGGAGCCAAGAGCAUCACAAGAGCCGGCAGCUGGAGGAACUGACCUUUCUCCAUGAGCGACAUGAGCAGUCUAAACAGGACCUCAAAGGGCUGGAGGAGACUGUUGCUCGUGAGCUCCACACCCUGCACAACCUCCGCAAGCUUUUUGUUCAAGACCUCACGACCCGAGUUAGAAAAAGUGCAGAGUUGGAGCCUGAUGAUACUGGGGGAUAUAUCACCCAGAAACAGAAGAUUUCCUUUCUUGAAAACAACCUGGACCAGCUUACAAAAGUUCACAAACAGCUGGUACGUGACAAUGCAGACCUUCGCUGUGAGCUUCCGAAACUGGAGAAACGUCUUCGGUCUACAGCUGAGCGAGUUAAGGCGCUGGAGGGUGCGCUGAAGGAGGCGAAGGAGGGAGCCAUGAAGGACCGCCGCCGCUACCAGCAGGAGGUGGAGCGGAUCAAAGAUGUGAUGAGGGCCCGCAAUCCCUUCCGCCGGCCCCAUGCAGCACAGAUAGCCAAGCCUGUGCGUCCGGGCCACUACCCAGCCUGCUCUCCCACAAACCCCUUCUUCAUCCGAGGCUACAGCGAUCACCCCAUUGCCUUCUGCAACACUGUUUUCCACAACAGCAACAACCAACAAGCGGCUGCUUCCGCUGCUCCGGCAUCACCAGAGAGUGAGCCGCGGUUACCAGAGGACGACUCCAACCAGAACAGCCCUGUCAAACACCUCGACUCCCAAAACGACGACAACGACAACACUCAGAACAACAUGCUUCCAGCUGAACCGGCGAGCCAAGCAGACAACAACACUGCAGAGAUGCUGGAUUCAGAAAACGGAAACACCACAGAUAUCAAUGACAACAGCAUGUGUCUGAAUGUGAAUUCUGUGUCCAGAACCGACGUCUGCGACAAUCAGGACCCAGCCAAACUCUACAGCGUGCAGCCCGAGGCCUCGGCCAGCUAAUACUCCUGAGCAGGCAGACGUUUUUUCUGAGGCCUCCUCUGUAAAUCUGCAUGCGACCGAUCUCAGUCCUCCCCGACUCCCCUCCCUCUCCCAUCCUCACCUGCUGUAAACAGACCUCUUAUCUCUUAUGUCUCCUCUCUUUCCCCUUGUUUGCUCCUCUGCCACCCAAUCUCCUUCCUGUUCUUGAUGUGUUGGGUGUGUGUGGGUAUCAGUUUGGCAAGCACUGCAUCUCAAAUGCCUGACCUGGCAGCUUACAUACAUAUUGCCCAUAUUGCUGCUGCACCCCCUCCACCAUGACUUGGAAUACAAAGGGACCACAAAUAGAAAGGUGGAGAAGAGCAGGUGCAGUGCUGUAGGUAACCACUAGGGUGUGGUGUUUCUCACAGUGGACAUAAAACUAGUGCAUUAAACAGAAAACUGAAUUUAGUCUUUAUCUUCAUAAUUAUCAUAAACAUGCGUAUGAAUCAGAAAACUCAAAGCUAAACUGUGUUAAACAACAUGAAUACAGUGUGAACAUCAAGUUCACUUUACUAAUAUUUAUACUUUUGACUGUGCAUGUUGAUUUUCGACGUUGGUCUUCAGCUUUUCUUGCAAAAUACAUCAAAGAAGAAGAAAGCUAGUAAGGCAACAUGAUCAUGAAAUGUCUCAGUCUGAACCACAGCACAGAGGAGUCUGUGUGAAUUAGUGUAAAUGGGAUAAACACCCUUAAAAAUGUUCUGUAUGCUUGUUAUCGUCAACAAAUUCAAUGAAAAGAUUAAAAACCAACAAUAAACGAGUCUGUCUCCGACUCUGUGGCUCUCAGCUCUGAGCCUGUUUGUUCCUACUGAGGACGUUAAUAUUUAAAAAUAUAUAUUUUUAAAAAAGGAUGGAGACUGUAGUUUUUAGCAGGCGUUACUCAUACUGGAGUAAAUGUUGCAUUUGUGAAGGUCUAUUUUCAGCCAUGGAUUAAUUCAUGUUUGGAGCUUAAGUGACAAUAUCAGGCUGAUUACAAUCUGAUUUUUUUUUUUUUUUUUUAGAUACAGUUGUCAUAGGAACAGUAGUCUAUAGGUAGACCAACACACACAGAAUGUAAAACACACACUAAACUAAAAUACACACCUGUGGUAGUUGAAACUUGGCCGAGCCUUAAUUUAGAUUUCUUGCAUUUGGCCAUUUCUGCUCAAAUUAAAGAGAAAAGUUCUGUUUAUAUUCACAGUACAGUGUGUAACGCCUCCAGACUCUUCAAGACACAGCUGUUUUGUAUUUUGGUACUCUUACAGGAUAUAUUUCAGAUUCCCCAUCCCAUCUCGCCACCUCUCGCAAGUUUUAGAUCACAGUUCUGGUAAAGACGUUUUGGAUCGAUGCUCCAGCUUGUUCUGAUACUGGCACUAUCUCACCAAGCACAGGAAGAACCACUGUGCUAAUGAGGAAGUUGGUUAGAGCAGUGCUUAAAAUAAAAUACACACAUAUUCGGUGGUUAACUUCGGCUGCAGCAGCAUGUCUGACUUUUGUUAUCACUUGCUUUAACCUGUAUGAAAAGCAGCUUCAUGUGUGCCACAUGUAAAGACAAAAACUGAGUCCUGAUUGUUUUUAAGAGAAUAACAGUGUGGCAGUAAAGAGACUUCUAAGCUGUAAAUGAUCCAUAAAUGUCAUGUCAUCCAAGAGCAUGGCAGAGUAAAAAAAAACUGUGUAGCAACUAUUUUUAUACUGCUAGUUCUAGUUUGAAAGAAAUCUAUAUUAUUUAUCAUUUGCUCUAUUUUGAAUGUUAUUUAUUUGCCAUUUACUCUGAAUUCACAGCAGUUGUUAAAUGUGAAGCAUUUGUUUUAACGUGUAAAUGUAUUAUUGUGAAAUGUAUUUCCUAUACUGCUGAAUGCUGAAGGUUUCAGGUUCCCAGUGUGUCGUCACUGAAUGAUAAUGGGUGCACAUGUGCAGCCGCCGUUCCAAAAUGAAUUUGUCUAAGAGAUGACUAAUCCUACGGCUCUUUACGAACCGUCUCAGCCUGAAACCAAAGCUCUGAUUGUAGUGAGUCAUUUAAAGAGGAACCUGCUCGGUAAUAGCCUGCGUGAGCUCCGCUGGAGUCGUGAACCGAGGGUUACUGUAGGUUAUCAAGAGCUGAUACAGCCUUGUCUUAUCCCUCUGACACACACACGCACACACACUCAGAUGUAGCGCUUCAUCAGCCAAUGAGGUGUCUGACCUUUGACCCCAGAGUACAGAUACUGUACAUGACAUAUCCUGUAUUACUCAGUUAUCUGAGCAGACAGGUUGAUUGAUCGACUGUCUGCCGACACACUGAUGCUCCGUCGUUCACGCCGCCCGUCAAACUCUCUCUGUUGACCUCCUGAUCAGCCAGUCAGGAUGAGAGGGUCAAGGGUGACAGUGGAGGGACUGUGCACAUGUGUGUGUUUGUACAUGUGUGUGUGUAUUUUGGGAAAGAACAGGAGCUGUCUCUACAUAGUAAAGUCUCUUCCUUUGUCUUUCAGCGAUUCUUUUAAGAAAAACUGAGCAGGAACGCUCUCGAUCACAGCCUGCAAACUACUCAUUAAAUAUUUACUGGAUACCUGGUGGCUACAGAGAAGGAGCACAUACGGGGGUUACAAAUUUGUGUUGAGGGACCUAGAAAUAAAUUAUACUGUGAGUAAUUACUUGGAACAAACUGUACAUGUAUUACAUAACUACAGUAAGUAAUACAGGUGCAGCCUAAAUGUCAAUAUCACACCUAUGUAAUUAAAACACUGUGGAACUCAUAAACUUUCAUAUAAAAUAUCAUAUGUAAACACUGAUUAUACACAUACCUGAAACAGAGUCAGAUCCAAAAAUGUGACGAUUGUCCAUCAGGUUUUCUGUUGAGAUCCAGAUUAUUUUCAACUGGUUUCCUCCAUUUCUGCAGAAAAAGACAAGUCCUUUCAUUGACACAGGGUCCAGUUUUUUCCAAAGUCAUGACCUCUGAGAUCAGAGAUUUCCACAUGGAAAAAGAAGGAUGGUCUUCUCCUUCCUAUUUCACCAUUAUGGCUUCUCUUGCUAACAUCAGAGGAGACUGGAUCACAUCUUCCCCUAACAUCAGAUUUAUUGUCAGUGGCCCCAAAACCACAUUCCAGUUCCCCAGUAAUCUAUCAUGAAUUUAAACUGAUAUACAAGUCCUUUCUUUUUAAAUACUUAUUAUGAUAUGUUAUAUUAUAUAUAAUAUGUAACAUUGAUAAAUGAAAUAGAAACUUUAUCAUUAAAAAACACCUUCUGAUAAACUUGCUUUUUUCUAACGCCCUCUUAAAUACAAACUUGUUCUCCCCUCGUACAGUCGCAGGGACUGUAGCUACCCAAGUGUUGUAUCGAGACCCUGUGUAAUUAUCACAUUAACCAAAAUCUAAAGCAUUACCAACCUUAAACUGAGGCUUGUUAUAAACGCAUGGAGCACUUUAUUAUGUUAUUUUCUUGAUGCUUUCCUUCACCUCCUUUACUCUGAGUAACGCUGCAGCUGUCUGACUCUCUCCAUAGGGUAAAAAAGGUCAUUGAAUUUAAAAGACUGCAUUAUCACUGAAGUUGAGUGUGUUUUCAUAACCUAUAGAAACCAUGAGUUGAAUGUGAAUGGCCUUUUUUUAUCCAUCUGCUGUUAAUCAGUGAAAACCACAGAGAAAACAACUACUCUCCUGACAUGCACUAUGGUUGUAUACUGAGCUGUUGGAUGACUGAGUGUUGAAUUUAUUUUCAGUCUUAUCGUUCUGUUUGUCUUACAGUAACUGUGACCAAUCUGAAAAUAUUCUGGAAAGGUGAAUACUGUGUGAUACUGUAGCCUAAAUAUGCAGAAAUAGAGCUGUGACAUGAAUGAUAGAGUGGUUUAAAAAAAGACAGAGGCAAAACUGUUGGUGUUUGUUUGUAUAAAUGUGCGUUGGUUGUUUUAUAGUGUGUGAUCUAGUGCAUGCAGUACUCUCCUGUAGCUGCUGAGAAACAGUACUGUUAUCUCAUAAAAAUGCUCCUUUCAAUAAAGAUGAACUGUGUACAUAUCAUUA